AUGGUAUGCGCAAUUGCAACACCAGAUAAAUUUGGCUUUCCCGCUGAAGUAGAAGAGUUGAGAGUAGAGCAGCACCCAGUACUAGUUUCUCCUAAUACAGCUAAUCUCAUCCGCAAAACUGUUGGGGAUAACAUAUGGUUCCAAUUAACUAAUGAAUACGGCGAGGCCGUAAAUGCAUGUGUGGAUGACGCAAUGCAUUGUAUCACGAGAAGAGAAUACGAUAGAUCCAAAUAUCGAGCUCCCUCAGAUCCUACGAUGAUCCCUCAACUGUUCAUUUACUUGCAAAGUGUAGAAGAUCGUGAAUUUGCUUUGGAGCGCAGCUGGAACAGCCAGAGACGCCUUUCGGUCCUCGAAAGGCGGGAUUUAACAAUGAGGACAGUUCAAAGCGAGCAGAACUCAUCAUCAUCACCUUUCUGUCGUAUAGUCGUUCAUUCUGGAGAGCCCCUUCAAACCGAACCACGCACGCAACGCGAGCCUCUGUCGGUCCUCAUCGACAAGGACCAUGCUGCUCCUGAACAGGUGGCACAAGCCAGCGAAAGCAACCCCUUUUACCAUGAAAGCUGCGUGGGAGGUGGCCGCACCACCAUUAGCAACCCAUGCAGCAGGGCCAGUAGAACAGCACACACCCUCUCGAAAAGGGCACUCGACCCCAUAACGGAUCCUGCCGUUCCUCAGGGGUAUUUAAAGUACUGGGCUCGUCGCGUUGGCCAAGAUGCCGCAGAUAUCCCGGAAAGCGAGGAGUUUGAAUUGGCAUACGCAAAGAAGGCUCAGAGCCUCUUUCCAUUCCGGUCGACGACAACUGAAUGGACAGUCAACACUGCAGGAGGUGUGUGUGCAGAUUCUAUUGCGUCUUACUGCAACCUCAUAGACCUUUAUAAUUAA